AGCCCGUAUUCCACUCACUUUGUUCUCCGCCUUUGUCCUAAUCCACACCAGCAGGUGGAGCCGCAGUUAGUUUCCGAGUCCAUUCCGGGAGCGGGAGCCCAUCUUGCUCGCCGCCAAGGCCCUCGCAGGAGGAGGAGGGUCAGAGCCCGGGUGCAGCCAAUCGCGGGCAACGCUGCUAGUUAUCAGAGCAGAAUGGGCUGUAGUUUAGUGAAAUAGGAAAGCUGCAAAACACUGUGGAGUGUUCCCGUGUAAAUAAAAAGAGGAAAAAAAAGUUUCUCAAGUCGCCGCGGCACGACGUCGGGCCGGCGCCGGGGCGGGGGUCUGCGCUUUCCCGAGCGGCCGCGCGCUGGACUUUAUUGUGCCGCGACCAGCCCCCGUGCCCAUUGUUUGUGUUUUUUCCAAAAUAUGGCAAAGGUUCAGGUGAACAAUGUAGUGGUGCUGGACAACCCUUCUCCCUUCUACAACCCGUUCCAGUUCGAGAUCACCUUCGAGUGCAUCGAGGACCUGUCUGAAGACUUGGAAUGGAAAAUUAUCUAUGUGGGAUCUGCAGAAAGUGAAGAAUACGAUCAAGUUUUAGACUCUGUUUUAGUGGGGCCUGUUCCCGCUGGAAGGCAUAUGUUUGUAUUUCAGGCUGAUGCACCAAAUCCAGGACUCAUUCCAGAUGCAGAUGCAGUAGGUGUAACAGUUGUGCUAAUUACAUGCACCUACCGAGGUCAAGAAUUUAUUAGAGUUGGCUAUUAUGUAAAUAAUGAAUAUACGGAGACAGAAUUAAGGGAAAAUCCGCCAGUAAAACCAGACUUUUCUAAGCUUCAAAGGAACAUUUUGGCAUCUAAUCCCAGAGUCACAAGAUUCCACAUUAAUUGGGAAGAUAACACAGAAAAACUGGAAGAUGCAGAGAGCAGUAACCCAAAUCUACAAUCACUUCUUUCAACAGAUGCAUUACCUUCAGCAUCAAAGGGAUGGUCCACAUCAGAAAACUCACUAAAUGUUAUGUUAGAAUCCCACAUGGACUGCAUGUGACCACCUGCCAUCCCUUUAGUACAAAUUAAGCUAUAAAAAUACACAGAACUAUUCCCUGAAAUUCCGUAAGUACAUAGUGAAGACAAAUGUGAAGAAUUUGUUUCAAAAACAUCCUGUAGAAAGUUUAUAAGAAAACCAGUAUUUGAGCAAAUUGUGGAAUAUAAAUACAACUAUUUUUAAGUAA